CUGAACGAACCGCUGAAAAGAUCCGGGAUUUCCAGCAGUACCUGGCAGACACGCGGAUAAUCUCUGGUGAAAAGGAAGGAACUUUAAGCAGUUUCACAUUAAACAGAAUAGGAGAGCGCAGAAAACCGGCAGCAUCGUUUAUCUGAAGCGAAUCCAAAAAAGCGAGUCUUCGGAGGGUGUGAAUUAAACAUGGACACGGGCGAGACUACCGCAUACGGAGCGUCCUUAGCCGGCGGCUCUUUCGACUUUUACAAGUUUAUCAAACAGCCACUAACUAUUUUACGAUUUCUCAGCUGGGUGUUUGCCAUUGUGGUUUUUGCUACCAUUACGGCAGAGGGAUAUGUAAAUCCAAAAGAUUCAUCGCAGGUGGUCUGCAUAUUUAACCAAAAUGACUCAUCCUGCAAUUAUGGAGUGGGCAUCGGUAUCAUUGCCUUCUUCGCCAGUAUCGCCUUCCUUUUAGCUGAUGCUUAUCUUCCCCUGAUGAGCAGUGCACAGGACAGGAAGCGUCUUGUAAUUGCUGACAUGGGAUUCUCAGGUGCCUGGACAUUUCUGUGGUUUGUGUGUUUUUGCCACUUGGCUAAUCAGUGGGCAAACACCACAGAGCGAGGGCACAUUGCUGUUGAUGCAGCUCAAGCUAUCAUUGCCUUUUCAUUCUUCUCUUUCGUUGCUUGGGGUGUGAUCACCUUUUUUGCCGUAAUGAGAUUUCGCCAAGGCCUUGGACAGCUUGGACAAGGUUUUGCAGAAUCUGCUCCAGAUCACACCUCACCUUACCAGGCAUCAACGAUCCCUCACAAUUCCUCACCAUACCCACCUACUACUUACCCGUCAGACCUGUACCAGCAACCCCCCUUCACUGGAAAACCCGAUUCGAUUGGCAGUAACUACCAGCCACCAAACUACUGACAAGGGCCCUUCUCGAGAGAAGGCAAAAAGGGAUGAUCAUGACAUGCAGCAUGGAAGGAGCCUGUACAAGCAGUGAAAGCUCUUGUGUAUUGAUGGGCUCAGGCAUUCCUUGAACUUGGCUGGUUCUCUCAGUCACCAUGAAGUUAUUCUUUGUGCUUGCUUUCAGCGAAGCACAGCUUUUCUGUGUUCUGAAAUUGUUUGUAUGUUUGUGUUACCCAGAGCUGAUUGUCACUGAUUGCACAAAUGGUGCCUAAAUAUAAUGCAAGUCAUUGUGAUACUGCUGACAGAGUAAGCUGUUACUGCGCUUAAACUUUGACUGCUCUGUAGUGAGUGAAUGUUUUACUUCAGCAAUGCCACGUUAUAACACUGUAAAUUGCAUCGUGACCCUGAAUGAUAUGGCACAUAAGAGUUAUAAAGCUUACUUGCAUUUAGAUUUAGCUGUGCUUUCCAGUGAAGCAGUACUUAGUCAGCUGACCAUAAUUCCUUAGGAAUGUCCAUUGUGUGCUCUUAUGACCCAAAAUACAGGGUAUCCAAGUGUCUCCAUACAUAGAGGAAAUGAAUACUUCAGUUUACAAAAAAUCUUUACAUGAAACAGUCAUCUCUCUCUCUCUAGUGGUAACACAUCUAAUGUUAAUCACAUUUAAAACAUGUUCCUUUCCUAUUGUCUCUUUGCUAUAUAUUUUCCUUGUACUACUAUGGCCUUUACAUUCUUAAAGGCUAUAUAACUAAACAGAGUAUGAAAGAUUUUAGAAAACAUUAUGCUUAAAACUAAAGUGUUAAUUUACUCUGUAUGGAGACUUGAGACACCCUGUAUAGCCAUAGCCUGCAGUGUAAAAAUGAAGCUCUGAUUUCAUUCACAUGUGCCUUUGAAGAGUUAGUUUUUGUCCUGUAAUUUAUACAAGACUACUGAAAAAAAAAAAUAGAUUUUAUAUCUGAACUGUAAGUGCCUUGAAUCCAGUUUGAUUUAAUUGGUGUAAAAACACUUUUCCAACAGAAAACCCAGAAGUAUUGCACCAAUUGGAAAUUAUCAAUUAAAAAGAAAAGCGUUUUAAUACAAGCCAAACCAAUCGUGCCAAAGUUUCAGGUUCUUGUCUUUUUUCAUUUAUUGCAGCAAACAUACAGCACCAAUCUUUUGACUGUUGACUCUAAGUAGUUUUUUUUUAUUAGACAACUUUUCAAUCUGUUAGAGAUUGUUUUCCUCUGGAAGUGUAGUGUAGUGUACACUUUAAGAACCUUUAUUACUAAUCAUUUAACCCUAAUUUCACCUCAGUUGAACAUGUGCCUAAUGAUUUGCACUACUUGAUUUGAUGCAUUUUUUCUGGGAUGUGGGUAAUUCUUAAAGCACUGGCCAUUAUUUUAUUAAUCAGAUUUUCUAUGUUAACAUUUUUAUUUUUAAAACACUGGUUUUAAGUGUUUAAAAUGUUUAAGAGAAUAUGGGAUAUCCUUUGUUUGGAUGUAAAGCACAAACCACCAAUUUACAAGAAAUGUACAUUUACCAGGGAACAAAAAAUAAAGGGUUUUUUUUUUU